CUUGCUCUUCUGUCUGGGGAGGGCGAAGGCCACAGUACAGCCUUCCACAACUCUGAGCCAAGGCUCACCCCCUCCUCCUCCUCCUCCUCUGUCACACCCAGCCCCUGUCCCUUAUCCAUGCUCACUUUUAGCCGCCUUUGCUGGAUUUCUUGAAAGGUCUACAACCUGGGAGGGAAGAGCUGGAGACAGUCCCUUUUCUAGGGGGCAAGGAACAACCCUACCCUAUUCACAAUGCCAAAUAUACCGAUCAACUGGAGGCCUUUUUUUCAGUGCAACCAUUACUAAUGACCUAGGCAUAUCCACACUACAGAUACUGGUGGUCACCAAUUUACCCGAUAUGUCUGGUCACCAAUGUGCAAGAACUGGGUUUCUUUGGCUGUUAGUGGUGGGAACACUUGCUAAAGGAAUUGCAGACAGCUCAUGUAACUGCAUUAUCCUGGAAAGUUUAUCUGACUGGCCUGAUCUGGAUUCUGAGCCUUGUUGCCUGAACCUCAGCCUUUCUGUGGACACAAUUGACUGGAAUAAUUUUACUACAAUAUCUAACUUGCAGAUUCUUGACCUUUCUUACUCUGGCAUUAAACAGAUCAAAGAUUUAGAAGAAGGGAGAAAGUUAACAAACAUUGAGAAGCUGUAUAUAAAUCACAACCAUCUAAAAGAGCUACCUGAUGGAUUUUUGAGCAAUGCCCCCAACCUGAGGGUUUUGAAUCUUGGAUAUAAUCAGCUUGGCCAUCUUCCAACAAACUUUCUGCUAGUUUCUAACAACAUAGAGGAGAUAGAUCUCAGCUACAACAACUUAACUUCAUUCCCACCUAUCAUUAUUAGACCUUCCCUCUCUGUGCUAGGUUUCCACAAUAACAGCUUGGAAUGUACCUGUGCCCUUUAUGACCAAAUUGAACCAACUUUCCAUGGCAACAAUGGCAGUAGAGUUCUAGAGGACCUGAUUUGUUCCUCUCCAAGAGAUGUUACUGGAUUACAGAUUAUAAAUGUUCAAAGAAAUAACAUCUGCAGGUCCCACAGCCUAACUGUCGUGCUAAUAUGCAUCCCUCUCCUACUUGUCUUAGGAUUCAUGUGUUGGUAUGUCUGCUGUCGUAGACAUAAAGGCAGUUACUCUAAAACAAGGAGAGAAUGUAGUCUGGCUACUGUUGAUCGCAAUGGAGCUGGUAACAUAGGAGAAUAUCACCAUUAUGAGUCUCGCCAGCAAUUCAUCAAGGACAGACGAGAGAUUGAUGUCAACCAGUUGAAUGACCCAAUACUUUUAAAGCCCUCUGCUGCAUUACUUGGCAGCAGCAGAGAUCUUUACGAAGAAGUGGAGAUAAAACUGGGUAUCUCUUCAGAAUCCUUAGUGGAAGGAGAAGGUCAUAUUAACAGAGACGGUCAAGGAUUAAUGCUGGCCGUGGAGGGGGAAGAUGAUAUAGAUAUAAAAGCAGGAGAUGAACUUGAAGUUGAAACUGUAAGUGUAACAGAAGUUAUGAAGGACUCAACAGAUCGUGAAAAGCUUUAUCUGAACCAGGCUACAGACUACUAUAGCCUUGUUCCAGGAAUUGAGUUGGAAGACUCAGAUCAUUGUGAAUAUGAGAGUGUUGACCUCUCUUGAGAGGACCUUUUUGAUACUACUGAAAUGGGAGCUAGCUCAUGUGACUAUUAGUAAAAAGGUAAAAUGCCUUGAGGUCUAAAAGUGCACCAAGAGCAACUGUCUUCUCUAUUCCUGUGACUACUACUAGACAAAGGAAAAUACUGACGAUUUUUUGUUUAUUAUGAAAACGUACAAGUAUUAUGUAUUUCCAUGAUCUUAUAAAUGUUUGCAAAGAUA